AUGAGUGAGAUCAUUGGUUGGUGUUGUUCAUACCUCCACGCUUUUAAAGAUGCCCAAUUUCGUAACUUACGCCCACAUAAACCGAACCACGAGGAGGUGUGGAAACCUCCACCUUGGGGGAUCAUAAAGGUCAAUGUUGACGCUGCUUUUCCACCUAGCAAAUAUUUUUACAACAUCUCCUUAGUCUCCCGAAAUUCCGACGGACAAUGUAUUUGGUGGAAGAUCAGGAAGGUCUUCGGUCAAAUUCGCCCCGUAGAUGGUGAAGCUAACGCAGUCCUACAAGCGAUUACUACUGCCCGAACAUUGCAUUGGAGGAAUAUUAUAGUGGAAGGAGAUUGCGUAGAAGUUAUUGAUGCAUUGCGCGAAAAGACUCGAACUUUCAAGUCCUUUAGAGCUGUUUUAGAUGAAUGUUUUUCCCUGUCUUCUUUCUUCUCAGUUUGUUCUUUUUCCUUCUUUAAGAGACCCUGCAAUCGCCUUGCUCACGAUCUUGCUUCUAUAUCCGUGACGGAUUAUUUAAAAGAGUCUUCUAUUUCUUCCAAUUUGGCCAUGAGUGCCUAA